AUGGUAGACGUGAAGAGUGCGGGGGCGGCACUGCUCCAAAACCCACAAUUCAUGGAACUCUUCCAACGUGCCUUGGGAGGUGAAGAUAAACUGAAGGACAUUCCACCGGAAGGAGACCCAGGGCGUGAAAAGUGGCUUCGCGAUCUUCAAAAGAAGCUUCAGGAAGAGAAUAUGAAUUCUAUGAAGGCUAAAUUGGAGGAGGUACAUAGUGAUGAAAAUGGUCAGUGGAUGUAUAUACUCCCAGAGCCUGGGUUUUGUGUUAAGUGUACAACUGCAGGUGGUGGUAAAGUAUUUUUAAAUGUUUGUCAACAUGAACGUAUUGCCGAACCUAUUCCUAUGGAAGAUGGUGAUGAUAGUAGUGAUGAAGUAAAAUUUAAAAUUCCACUUAGUUGUGGACAGGCAAGACCUGAUGUAGACAAGAGUGGAAAACCGUGCAAAGUAUAUGAUGUUAUUGUGAAUCCUUCAACUAUUUUACGAUGCUCAAAAGAUCAUGACUUUCGAUGCUUUGUAGUAUCACUUUGUAUUCAUUGGAUUAAACAAAAGUGUGAACCUACUCUUAACACGGAAGAAUACCGAAAUAUGAAUUUUAGAGUAAAAGGAACAUUAGAACCGCAACGUAUUCGUCUCUCAAAUUUACCUAAAUCAACAAAUGCUAUGGGUGAUGAGAUUCGUCUCCCUCAUAAUAAUAAUGCAGCCUCACCUUUAAAUACUGUAGGGGGACGCAGUGGAACAGGAAAACUUGUUGAAGAGAUAACGACACCUUCACAAGAUUCAAAAACAAAAACGACAACAGGAACAGAAGCAGCAACAGCUACUACUACUACUACUACUAGUGGUAAUAAUACUGUUCCUAUUCAGAAUGAUGCAGUUAAGCCUCAUCUUGUAAAGCUUCAAGGUGAUGGUUUUUACGACUGGUCAAAGCACGCCAAACCAAUGCUUAACCCAUAUUUUAGAGAGAGUGUUCCUGCCUUUUACCUUGUAGAGGUCUGUAUUCCCACAGUGACAACGAUUGCAGAAGUAGAAGUUCGCUUAACACCCAAAUUAGUGGAAUUGUUGUAUGUUGAUGCAGAAGAUGGGGUUCCUUUUCUAACAGUUCCAUUAGACUAUCCCAUAGAUGAUGACGCACCAAACGCUAAAUUUAUCCGAAAGACAGGUAUGUUAAAGAUGAAACUAACAGUAAAAUUACCUGAUGAAACUUGUGAACCUGCCACAAAGCCAGAUCGUGAUGUGACAGAAAUUGAAGAGGAAGAGAAUCGUAUAGCUCGUGAAAAACGAGAAGAAGAAUUGCGUAAACAACAAGAACGUGUGGAACGGAUACGUAAAGAGGAAGAAAAUGUCAUGCAAGAGCGUCAAAGCUAUGUGAAGAAUUUAGCUGCUGUACAAGAAGGAGAAAUGCCUCCAAGUCUUAAGGAAGAGAUGGACAAACUUCCACCAGAACAGCUAAAGAUGAUGCUUCAUCGUUUAGAAUCAAAGAUUCGAAAGGGAGACUCUAUUGAUGACAUGCUAGAAAAGUUUCCAGAUAGCAUGAUAGGUGCUAUCUGUCGGUAUAUACGUGGGAAACUGGGUCUAGAGCAACGACCUGAAAAGGAAGAAGAAAGUGUAAAGAAACCUCAAGGUGAAACAAAAGUUUGUGAGAAUAAUAGUGCGAAAAAAGGAGAAAUUAAGGAAACUACUGUAGCAACAAACUCUGCAACUGAGACUACAGAGGAUGGUGAACGUCUUGAGUACAACUUUGCGAAAAAAUCAGAAAAGUUGUUCGGUGUGGCCUUUCACAAUCGCUACCUUUUUGCCCUUGAUUGA